CAGAGCUCGCCCCAAACCCCCUCCCGCUCAGCCCGGCAGGAACCAGGAACCGUCCCCUAUUGGGCAAUCAUUAAUCGGAUUCUUGGCAUUCCUCUGCCCCAGGUCGGCUUGGGAACAUGCUCCCCAGAGGAGGAGGAGCAGAGGCCCAGGACUGGCAUCUGGACAUGCAGCUGACGGGCCAGCUGGUGCUGUCCGCCGCUGCCCUGCUCCUGCUGACCGCAGCCUACAGGCUGUACAAGUCCAGACCAGCCCGGGCCCUGCCGCGGCAGGGGGGCACCGAGGCCCGGGCAGAGAGGGAGGCGGGGGGCUCCGGGCAGCCUGCCGUCCAGGAGGCUGGUCCCCGGGCGCCACAGUGGGACGUGAGACGCCGCAGGGGAAGCAAGGCGGGCACAGGAUUGCCGGGCUGCAGCUGGGAGAACACGGAGGCCUCCAGAGUCCCGGCCUCCAGAGCUUCCUCCGCAGCCUCAGAAGCUGGAGAGGCUGGGAAAGCUGGGAGGAAAGGUGCUGGAGCGGAGCAUGCUGGGCAGCGCCCGGACGCUGACCUGGCAGCUCCUCGGUGCGGAGGCCAGGAAGCCGGAACAGCCGUGGACGGUAGGCCCGAGCUGCCCCACCACUGCCAGCCGUGCGGCGAACCCCCAGUGCCCCCCGCUGGCCUCCCCACCGUGGAGAGCGGCCGUGUGGGCGGUGAGCUCGCUCCCUGGCGGGACAGUGGACCCCCCAAGCAUCCAGGGGGUGGGGAGCAGGAAUCCCCCCAUGAAGGUCAGGCGGCCUACCCUGAAGCCCGGUGUGACAUGAACAACAGCUGGGUCUUUACCCACGCGUCAGGGGUCCACAGGGAGGAGGCGGGGGCCCUCCAGGCUGCCUCAGACCUGGGCCUGGCUCUGCGUCAGCGGGAGGGCGGCUCCGACGCCUCCUACACCUUCUCGUCUGUGGCCCGGGUUCGAGUAGAGGAGAAUUUCAUACCGGAGAAGGUGGAGGGGAUCAGGCCCAGGCUGAAGGGCAAGGUGUACGAUUACUACGUGGAGUCCACCUCUCAGGCCACCUCCAGGAGCAGGCUGGCCCCCGGAACAGCCGCCCCAGUGGGGGCUCCAGCCCCGGAGUCAGUAUCAGACCCCCUGGGAACGAGGACAGCGUCUGAAGGGCCCGCCGAUGACGGAGAGGGUGGACCAGAGACCGCUGCCUCCCACUCCACACGAGGCUUCAGCCGCAAGGAGAGCCUCCUUCAGAUCGUGGAGAACCCGGAGCUUCAGCUGCAGCUCGAUGGCUUUGGGGACCCUCUUUCAUCCUGCCCAGACCAGGGUGCCCUGCCCACCCGCCCCACGUCCCAGGAUUCUCCUGAGUCCAGCUCAGCCGGAAGCCGCGGGAAUCCCCCCGUGCACUCUGUGGCUGGAACCAAUUUCUUCCGCCCCCAGCUCGGCCCUGGAUCAGCCCCAGAGGUCCACCUGGAUCUGGGCAAUUGCUACGAGGCGCUGACCUUCGCCAAGAGGGAGAAAUUGGAGCCCCUGAAGGAGGCGGCCUACAAGGUGAUGAGCGACAACUACCUCCAGGUCCUGCGGAGCCCCGACAUCUACGGGUGCCUGAGCGGGGCGGAGCGCGAGCUGGUCCUCCAGCGCCGGCUGCGGGGCCGCAAGCGCCUGGUGGUGGCCGACGUGUGCCCCCAGGAAGGCUCCGGCCGCCUCUGCUGCUACGACGACGCGCGGGACGUCUGGCGCCCGCUGGCCCGCCUGCCGCCCGAGGCUGUGUCCCGGGGCUGUUCCAUCUGCAGCCUCUUCAAUUACCUCUUCCUGGUGUCCGGUUGCCAGGGCUCGGGGCGCCAGCCCUCCAAUCGCGUCUUCUGCUACAACCCGCUGACGGACAUCUGGAGCGAAGUGUGCCCCCUGAACCAGGCCCGGCCGCACUGCCGGCUGGUGGCCCUGGAAGGACAGCUCUACGCCGUCGGGGGCGAGUGUCUGAACACGGUGGAACGCUACGACCCUCGCCUGGACCGCUGGACCUUUGCGCCGCCGCUGCCCAACGACACCUUCGCCCUGGCGCACACGGCGGCGGCGAGCGGGGGCGAGCUCUUCGUCACCGGGGGCUCGCUGCGCUACCUGCUGCUGCGUUUCUCCGCCCGGGAGCAGCGCUGGCGCGUCGGGCCCACCGGGGGCGGCAGGGACCGCACGGCCGAGAUGGUGGCGGUCAGAGGCUUCCUCUAUCGCUUCGACCUCAACCGCAGCCUGGGCAUCAGCGUCUACCGCUGCAGCGCCAGCGCCCGCCUCUGGUACGAGUGCGCCACGUACCGGACGCCGUACCCCGACGCCUUCCAGUGCGCCGUGGUGGACGAGCUCGUCUACUGCGUGGGGCGUCGGCGCACGCUGCGCUUCCUGGCUGACUGCGUCUCGCCCAGGUUUGUGCCCGAAAUGCUGCAAGCCUUCCCCUCCCCGCAGGGCACCCUCCUGCCCACCGUCCUGACCUUGCCCGGUCCUGAUGUGCCCCAGACCAGGGUCUAGCAGCCGGUCUGCUGGGCUCCUUCUGCAAGACUAGACGCAAAAACACCCCCUACCCGUCGCGGCAUGGGCCAUUCCUGGGAGAUCCGGGGGGGCAAUCCCGCCUCCCCCACCGUCUGGGCUUCUUAGCAGCGUCUUUGCCCUCUUCGGGCGGCAGCCCUAGUGUGAAAAUGGAACUGAGGACUGAUGCUCCGAAGCCCAGGGCACCCACCUCUGCAGGGUUGACCCCCACCUUGCUUGAGGUCUGAAUUUGGUGGGGAGGGGGUACCAGGACCCCAGCAAAGUUCAGGGGCACAGCCUUAUCACAGGCUCUGUUCCAGAGGUUUUUUUGACUCCCAGGGACCCCUCACGUUGACCCUGCUGGAUCUGGGCCAGCCCUCCCUAAGCCACCAAGGCCUCUUCCUAACCAUCGGCCACUGAGCCCCAACCUCCAAGGCUCCCAGAAGCAUCUGGGACACACAGAGGCGGCGAAAAUUGAGGGGGGUGGUUAGGCAGGACUAGGACAAGCCCAGGGGAGCCCCAGGGGGCCCAGCCAGAGGGAGAGAUGGCUGGAGGAGCUGCAGAGCUAAAGCUGAAGCCAUCCACGAGAACUCUUGCCUGCAGAGUGAAUUGACCAAAGCCCGCUUCGCUUUUUCUCAUUACAUGGAAUUCCAGUAUACUGGAAGGAGAAGCCUCCUUGCUUAGCAUCCAUUUAUAAAGGCACAUCUGCUUGCAGGAUCUACUGAGAAUACAAUUGAUGGCAAGGAAAAAAAAAUGUGAUCCAAGGGCCACCGUCCUGCUGGGCCCAUGGUUAUUUGACCCCCGCACUCUCUCCCCAGAUCUCAGAGCCCUUCACAUGCAACUACUCAGGCCACCCAGCCCUUGCCUUGGGAGCUGGGGCAGCCCUUCCGGGGGCGAGGGGAUGACAUCCUUCCCUUCCCUGUGCCUGUGGUCGCCUGGUCUGCCUCAUCAGACGGGAGAGGACCGGGGAAGGGCAGGUCCAUGAUGGAGCUGAGGAACCAGCAAGUUCUCGUGGUGCACCGGGAGGCUGGGACCUCCUUUCACAUCAGGUUUGGCAAAGCCUCAAAGGGAGGAAAGCUUCCAACCUCAGGAAGUUACCUUUCUUCCCAGAAGGAGGGGAGACAGACUAGUCCAAUCUAUGACCGCAGCUCUGUUCCAUCCCCAAGGAGGUGCGUAUACCAACAGGAAAGCAGUCGUGUGCUCUUGGUAGCUGCCAGAAGCCAGGAGAGCCGGGCUACUUCUAAAGUGACCAGCGGCAUCAGGAAAGACAAGAAGGCAGUUGCACCACGGCAGGCCCGACAGGUGGGGAGAUGGGAAUGCUCAGACUUCGGCAUUCCUGUCUUGAUAAUGGAAGGGCGAGCCAUGUCCUUCUCUGCCGGGGGGAUAAAGGUGAGCACCUGGAGAAGGCUCUUCCCAAUUCCCGGGGCUCCUGGCAGGAGCUUGUGUCACUGCAGCUGCGGAGUGACUGCAGAGGCUGAGCCGGGGAUCUUUUUGGAAGAGAUGGGAUUGGAACAAAGAACGAGAGGAGGUUGGUAUACAGAUGAAGCCUUUCCUUGGACCAUGGAAGCCCACCUUCCCUAUUCUAGGGCUUGGGAGGUGAGGCAGCUUAGUUUAUUUCUAAGCUGGAACCUGGGGGAGGAAAGAUAGCUGAGACUAUGGCUGGAGGCUGGGACAGUGACCUCCUCUCCAAAUCCCCUCCACCACCAAGGCCAUGCUCAAGUUUAAAGUCAGCACGCAGUCAUGGACCUCCAAGGGACCCGGGGGGAGGGGAGACGUGAUGCCCAGCAGGGGAAAGGGUGGAGAGCCCCAUCUGGGAGCCGGGGCAGGUAGAACCAGAUCGAGGCCAGGGGCAGGCCUCCGGCAAGGAGUCAGGAGAGGACAAGACCUCAGCUGAGCUGGGUGGGGCAUUGGGGAAGGCUCCAAGCCGAGAUGAGAGCUACGGCUUGCUCUGGUAAAACCUCCAGAAGCCCGUCGCAUACAGAUCGAGGCAGGGAUCGAGGGGUAAAGCAGAGAAGCUGGUUCUGGACCCAUGGCGGUGGAUGUGGUCUCCAUGAUGAAAGGGAGAGCUGAGACUGGGCCGGGGCCAAGACAGAAUGGUGCUGCGAGGUCCUCUGCCUCCUGCCCUCCCGCGGCAGACAUCACUAACCGGUCGCUGUGUCCUUUCUUCUUGAGCUCUUUCCACCGCCUCCGAACUAUUUCAGCACAGCGCCCCAGGAAGUCAUUACCAGCAGAUCAGGGCUCGUGCAUUACUGGCCUGGGUCUCCAGAGCUGGAUUUAGGGAUGAAAGCCGUCAGGGCCAUAGUGUCAGGGCAAGGUAGUGCAGGGGGCCUGCAAAGACCUCCUGGGGCUGUGACAGUCAGGGUUCAUUUUAUUGUUGUUUAGUCGCUAAGUCGUGUCUGACCCUUUUGUGACCCCAUGGACUGUAGCCUGCCAGGCUCCUCUGUCCAUGGGAUUUCUCCAGGCAAGAAUACUGGAGUGGGUUGCCAUUUCCUUCUCCAGAGGAUCUUCUCCAGCCAGGAUCGAACCCAUGUCUCCUGCAUUGGCAGGUGGAUUCUUUACCGCUGAGCCCCCGGGGAAGCCCCAGGGUUCGUUUACAGAAUAUUUAAACCAGGCGCUGCUCCAGGAGUUGGAGACACAGCACACCCCUGUCCUCGUGGAGCUCGCAUGCUAGCUGUAGAAAACAGGAAGUUAAAAAUAAAACAGGUCCAUAAACAACAAAUAGCGCCCAUGCUGCACGCGGGCCACAGAGGAAGAGAAGGCGGGGAGUGGGGUGGUGCACUCAGGCUCCCUGACAAGAGGAUGCUGUGCAGAGCCCUGAGGGGACAUGCCGGAGACGCAGACCCCAGGGCUGGCUCCGGGCCGGGAGGGCCAGCCUGUCUCCUGAAGGGCUUUGCCACGCCAGCGAGCAGGACUGCCUCCCAGGCGCUCCAUCUUGGUGUGUGGAGGGCAGGAGCCCAGCUCUUCUGCUUCGGCCUUUCCUAUAAAGGAGAGAAUCCCGUCACACUGACAUUCAUGGGAGAGGGUCCUUAGCUGGAGGUAAGCUACAUUCCCGAGAGAGAAGCAGAGUCUGCAUGUUUAGGUACUGAGGUCGCUCAGUCGUGUCCGACUCUUUGCGGCCCCAUGGACUGUAGCCUACCCGGCUCCUCCGUCCAUGGGAUUUUCCAGGCAAGAGUACUGGACUGGGCUGCCAUUUCCUUCUUCAGAGGAUCUUCCCAACCCAGGGAUUGAACCCAGGUCUCCCGAAUUGCAGGCAGACGCUUUACCAUCUGAGCCACUGGGGAAGCACACACAUUUAGGGGGAGGGUCAGAGUAACACACAGAUGCCCCGUCCGAACGCGUGCUGGGUGUCAGCCAGCCCGUGUUGCUCCUGCUAGGGGAGUCCAGGAUCUCCACUGGCCGCCUUAAUAGCCUUGUCCGUUGUCCUCUCGCCCGCGGCCUCAGAGUGGCCUGCGUGUCGCUUGGCUUCUCCAUGCCUUCUUUCCAAAUGUGAGUUCUUUCUUCUUUAGGGAAAAGAAAAAGAAAAACCUUAAGUUUGAGUUGUUUUGCACAUUAGGCCAACCAUGCCAUUAUAGAAAAAAAAUUGGAGAAUAGAGAAAGGUAUUAAAAAAUCUCCCCAAUUUUCCACCCAAAGACAAACCCCCGCUGUGGUGUGGGUCCUUCCGGUCUGUUUUCCUGUGCGUGAUUUUUCUUCGGCUUGAUUUUUGCCUCAGUGUGAUUAUGCUGAAUAUACAAUUCAGUUGCUUCCUUUUUUUUCUUUAACUUAGCUUUAUAGAAUAAGCAUUUCCCCAUGUUAUUACAAACCCUCGGUAAACAUCAUUUCAAUAGUUGCACAAUAUUCCAUCCAGUAGACCUGCCAUGGUUUAUUUAAACAUUCCCCCUUCCUUCAGGCCUGUAGAUUUUUUUUUUUCCUGUUGGUUUCUUUUUCUGUCAUAAAUAAAGCACCCUUUGUUUUCGCGUUCCUCUCUGUCUGAGGCCUCCAUCAAUAUUUACAAGAGAAGCAGUUCUGCCUGGAAGAACCAGGUUGUAGAAACCACAUAGAAACCACAGCAGCUGCCUGCCUGGGGCCUGGGCCUCGCUCUUUCUGUAGGGCACAGAGCUGCCCUUGAAAUGGCCAGUGGGAAGGACGAGGCCGGAGGCCCUCCUGUCCUGUGGAUUCCUGGAUCAAGGAUGUAAGUCAGGGAUCCCUGCUCUGCACGCGCCAGGCAUACCUCCCUGACAGCAAGCCCAUUUUACAAGUGAGAAGACUGAGGCUCGGGGAGCACAAGGACCCUUGCUAAAGACCCUCAGUCUCCUGGAAAGCAUCCUUGACCCUGGCCUGCCCGCUCCCAGCACAGAGCUCUUUCCCUUCCUCUGCCAUGAGGCGCAGAGCCGAGGACGUGACGUCCGCCGCCUCCUGCCCCUAAUCCCUGUCCAUCCCCCACCGGUCGGUUGUGCUCUAUCCUUGACACUGGAACUCAGAAGAAACUGUCUUAAGCUCUCCGAUCCUCCACACCUGCAUCUAGCAAAUGGGUUUGCCGCAGCCAGCCUCAAGCGGAUGCGGUAAGGACUGGUCCAGGGGCUGCUCCGCGGUUGGUCCCUGAAGCAGCAGGGAGGCUGCUCCGAGCCAGCUCAGGGGAGGGAUCCCUCAUACUCCCACUGCCCUUUCUCAGUGGCCUGGUCCUGUGGAAGGAGGUCGUCUGACAUUUAAGCUCCAGAUGCCCCAUCUUGUUUAACAAGGUCUAGGGAUUGGGGGAAGAGGCUCGAGUUAUACAUAGACCGUCCAGGCUUGGAGACGAACCUCUGCACUCCUCUAACAGGGUCAGUGACUGGCUGACUUGAGUUUCCCAGGCUCAAAGCAUUAGGCAUUUCCCCGGGGCAUCCGACAGCAGUGAAGAGCUUCAGAGGCUGCUCAGACCCCCUGGGCACCUUGAGAAGGUGCAAGAUGGUACAGAUGGGAGGGCAGGAGCCCCUCAGAGUGCCUGCAAGGCCCAUGUGCUGUGUCUGGCCUACAGAUAAUCAGAGCCGCGCUUCCCAUCUUUGUCAUCCUUCCUGGGAGGCACUUGUGGCCCCAGGGUCGCCCUCGGAGUCCCCUGAGGCUGUGGCUUCAGCCGGGAGGAGCCCCCCAGGCAGACAGGAGGCUGCAGUGGAGGAGGGGUGGACAGAGGGUGAUGAUCGCAAAGGGAGGUGGUGCCUUCAGGGGUAGGAGAUGAGGGGACAGUCAGCUGGGGAACCAGAAGAGAGGACCGCCGGAGGACGAGUCUCUACGAACAGCUCUCAGACUCAGGUUUUUUGAAAAGCGGGAUGUGGGUCCAAACAAAAUAAAAAUGAAAAAGUGA